CAGCAAAUCCAUAACCUUAAGGUUUCAUUUGCUAUAUUAUUCUCUCUCAAAACUUAGCUCCCUUUUAAUCCCCUCGUAUAAUAUAUAGUUUUUAAUUGUUAAUCAACAUGGAAGCAACCACCAUGACCAAUGGCAACCACCAAAGCCAAAACGGUUCCUUUUGCACUUCUACUACUCGCAAGAGCAGUGACCCUUUGAAUUGGGGAGUGGCGGCUGAGUCACUAAAGGGAAGCCACUUGGAUGAGGUGAAGCGCAUGGUGGCGGAAUACCGAAAGCCGGCGGUGCGGCUCGGCGGCGAGACACUGACGAUUGCUCAGGUGGCUGCCGUCGCCGGCCACGGCGUGACGGUGGAGUUGUCGGAGUCGGCGAGGGAUGGCGUUAAGGCGAGUAGUGAUUGGGUGAUGAAUAGUAUGAACAACGGCACUGAUAGCUACGGCGUCACCACUGGCUUCGGUGCCACGUCACACCGCCGAACCAAACAAGGUGGUGCUUUGCAAAAAGAGCUCAUCAGGUUCUUAAAUGCUGGAAUAUUUGGCAAUGGAACUGAAUCAUGCCACACACUGCCAUACACAGCAACAAGAGCAGCUAUGUUAGUGAGAAUCAACACCCUUCUUCAAGGGUACUCAGGCAUCAGAUUUGAAAUCUUGGAAGCCAUCACCAAGCUCCUUAACAAGAACAUUACUCCAUGUUUGCCACUUCGUGGUACAAUCACAGCUUCUGGAGAUCUUGUUCCUCUUUCUUACAUUGCUGGUUUGCUUACUGGAAGACCCAACUCAAAAGCUGUUGGACCCUCUGGAGAAGUGCUUAAUGCCAAGGAAGCUUUUCAAUUGGCUGGCAUCAAUUCUGAGUUCUUUGAAUUGCAACCCAAGGAAGGUCUUGCCCUUGUUAAUGGCACUGCAGUUGGUUCUGCCUUGGCUUCUAUGGUUCUCUUUGAGGCUAACAUACUAGCUGUGUUGUCUGAAGUUCUUUCAGCUAUUUUUGCUGAAGUGAUGCAAGGGAAACCUGAAUUUACUGAUCAUUUGACACAUAAGUUGAAGCACCAUCCUGGUCAAAUUGAGGCCGCAGCUAUUAUGGAGCACAUUUUGGAUGGAAGUUCUUACAUGAAAGCAGCCAAGAAGUUGCAUGAGAUAGACCCUUUGCAAAAACCAAAACAAGAUAGAUAUGCACUUAGAACUUCCCCACAGUGGCUUGGUCCUCUCAUUGAAGUGAUUCGUUUCUCAACCAAGUCAAUUGAAAGAGAGAUUAACUCUGUGAAUGACAACCCUUUGAUUGAUGUGUCAAGGAAUAAGGCUUUGCAUGGUGGUAAUUUCCAAGGAACCCCUAUUGGAGUCUCUAUGGACAACACACGUUUGGCGCUUGCAUCUAUUGGUAAACUCAUGUUUGCUCAGUUCUCUGAACUUGUCAAUGAUUUUUACAACAAUGGGUUGCCUUCAAAUCUCUCUGCUGGUAGAAAUCCUAGCUUGGAUUAUGGUUUCAAGGGAGCUGAAAUUGCCAUGGCUUCUUAUUGCUCUGAACUCCAAUAUCUUGCAAAUCCAGUUACAAGCCAUGUCCAAAGUGCUGAGCAACACAACCAGGAUGUGAACUCUUUGGGUUUGAUCUCAUCUAGAAAGACAAAUGAAGCUAUUGAGAUCCUUAAGCUCAUGUCUUCCACAUUCUUGAUUGCACUUUGCCAAGCAAUUGACUUAAGGCAUUUGGAGGAGAAUUUGAAAAACUCAGUCAAGAACAUUGUGAGUCAAGUUUCCAAGAAGAUUCUCACCACAGGUGUCAAUGGAGAACUUCAUCCUUCUAGAUUUUGUGAAAAAGAUUUACUAAAAGUGGUUGAUAGGGAAUAUGUAUUUGCUUACAUAGACGAUCCAUGCAGUGCUACAUACCCAUUGAUGCAAAAACUUAGGCAAGUGCUUGUGGACCAUGCCUUGGUAAAUGCUGACACUGAAAAGAACUUGAACACAUCAAUCUUUCAAAAGAUUGCUACUUUUGAGGAUGAGUUGAAGAUUCUCUUGCCAAAGGAGGUUGAAAGUGCAAGAGCUGCUUAUGAGAGUGGCAAUCCAGCAGUUCCAAACAAGAUCAAAGAAUGCAGAUCUUACCCACUAUACAAGUUUGUGAGAGAGGAUUUGGGAACUGGGUUGUUAACUGGAGAAAAGGUUAGGUCACCAGGUGAAGAGUGUGACAAACUAUUCACAGCAAUAUGCCAGGGUAAAAUUAUUGAUCCACUUCUAGAAUGCCUUGGGGAGUGGAAUGGUGCUCCUCUUCCAAUUUGUUAAUUUUACAGUCACUUUUAGAAAUAUUUUCUUUGUAUCUAUGCAAGUGCAACGAUUCUCAUUCAGUUUAUCAAGCCUUUAGCAAAUCAACAAUAGAAGCGCAGCUUCAAAGUUCCCUAAAUAUCGAAUAGGAACUUGUAAUUUAAUAUUGUAAUGGGAUUUCAGUUGUUUGUAUUACUUUCUUUUUU